AACUGUAAAUCUUUCGAAGCCAACUGUUACGAUCGACCACAAAAUAUCAUCAAAGGGGAGAAAGUCAACAACUUAACGGUUCACCAUUCGAUUCGUCCGAAAAUAAAACCGCGAUUGGUAUAUGGGUUGUUUCUGGAAAUUAAUUUGAUUGUUUGAACUGUAGCCGCAAAAGUUCAAUUAUUCAAUGAUAAGGCAUUUAAUGUAGAUUAAAUGAAUUGGCAACGAAUGACGUUGGUCGAUCUUAUGACUUGUAUAUAAUUAUGUAAGAUUGUCAAUGUGAACAAUAAGGCUGGUUGUUUCUCAAUUGCAAGAUCAAUCGCAUAAAUCGCAUUUUGAACUUGAAAACUGACAUCGAUUCGGUGCAUUUGAAUCGUGCUGGAAAGUGAGAACAUAAAAAAAAUCGUGAUUCUACGCAAAAACUGAAUGCUUGUCAUUGAUCAAGGCGUUAGAUGCUGCAAAACUCAUAUGUUAAAUGCGAUUGUGUUUUUUUUUUCUUGUUUGUUGAUUUGCAUAUGACAAUGCAAACGAAGAGCGAAAAAAAAACUGGCCGCAAAAUCAGUUCCAUUCGAAAACCAAAACACAAGUACGUAAUGCUGUGUGAAUCGUUGUAAAAGUGCGUACGUGUGCGCUAUGUGCACGCUAUCACUGAACCGCUCUGUCGCAAACCCAUUCAAACGGACGCAUACAACGAUGAAACGGAGCGCGCACGACACGGUCACACGCAUACAUACAUACAUACACAUAGCGAGAGUAACCGAGUGUGUUUGAUUACGUAUUGAUAUGUUUUUCAUUUGACAUUGAAAGGCCGCAAAAUUUCUAUACUCUACGGUUUGGCAGGCUAAAACGACGUUGCCAGAAUAAAAUUGAGUGUCAUAAGUGGCAAACGCGCGCCCAUCGAGUAUUUUUCGAAAUUCAUUUCCAGGCAUCAAGCGAAAAGGAUCAAUUUGUUUUGUGGUGAAAAAUGGCAGCACUUCCCCCAUUGACACAAGAGCCAGCAUUCCAAAAAUUGCAACACUGGUUCAAUGCAAACGGCAAAAAUUUGGAUAUUAAAGCUCUUUUUGAGAGUGAUCCAGCUCGUUUUGAGAAAUUCAGCUUGAAACUCAAUACACCAGCCGAUGGUGAAAUUUUGAUCGAUUAUUCAAAGAAUCGCAUCAAUUCCGAAGUGUUGGCCCUUCUGUUUGACUUGGUGAAAGCACGUAAAAUCACAGAGGCUCGCACCGCUGAAUUCUCCGGCCAACACAUUAACAUCACGGAGGAUCGUGCCGUUUUGCACACCGCACUGAGAAAUCGCUCAAGCAAUCCAGUAUUGGUCGAUGGCAAAGAUGUAAUGCCCGACGUUCGUGCCGUGCUCCAGCACAUGAAAGAAUUCACUAACGAGGUUUUGUCUGGCGCCUGGAAAGGUUACACGGGCAAAAAAAUCACCGAUGUUGUUAACAUCGGAAUCGGUGGCUCCGAUUUGGGCCCACUUAUGGUGACUGAAGCAUUGAAACCAUAUUCAAAAGGAUUGACACUGCACUUUGUGUCAAACAUUGACGGUACCCAUAUGGCGGAAACAUUGAAAAAAGUUAGCCCAGAAACGACACUCUUCAUCAUCGCAUCAAAAACAUACACCACUCAGGAAACCAUCACAAAUGCCACCUCAGCCAAAACUUGGCUCUUGGAACAUGCCAAAGAUCCAAGCGCUGUUGCCAAGCACUUUGUUGCUUUGUCGACGAACAAAGAAAAGGUCGAAGCUUUUGGAAUCGACUCAAAGAACAUGUUCGGUUUCUGGGAUUGGGUCGGUGGACGCUAUUCAUUGUGGUCAGCUAUCGGUCUUUCGAUCUCAUUAGCUAUCGGUUUUGAAAACUUUGAAAAGCUCUUGGACGGCGCCUACUAUAUGGAUCAACACUUUAUCAACACACCACUCGAACAAAAUGCACCAGUCAUUUUGGCAUUGCUUGGCAUUUGGUACUCAAAUUUCUAUGGUGCCGAAACACACGCUCUCCUCCCAUACGAUCAAUAUUUGCAUCGCUUUGCCGCCUACUUCCAACAAGGUGACAUGGAGAGCAACGGUAAGGGUGUCACUAAAUCUGGCCAACGUGUCGAUUUCAACACCGGACCAAUUGUUUGGGGCGAACCAGGCACAAACGGACAACACGCUUUCUAUCAAUUGAUUCAUCAAGGAACUCGUUUGAUUCCAUGCGAUUUCAUUGCGCCAGCCGUUACACAAAACCCCAUUGCCGGUGGCAUUCAUCACAAGAUUUUGUUGGCCAAUUUCUUGGCACAAACCGAAGCUCUGAUGGCCGGUAAAACGGAAGCACAAGCCAAAGCCGAAUUGGAAAAGUCUGGUUUGAGCGGUGAAAAACUGGCCGCAUUGUUGCCACACAAAGUAUUCACUGGAAAUCGGCCAACCAAUUCCAUUGUCGUCAAGAAAUUGACACCAUUCGUGUUGGGCUCAUUGAUUGCAAUGUACGAGCACAAGAUCUUCGUCCAAGGUAUUGUCUGGGACAUUAACUCAUUCGAUCAAUGGGGCGUUGAAUUGGGCAAACAAUUGGCCAAAGCCAUCGAACCCGAAUUAGCCACGGCCGAUAAGGUUACAUCACACGAUUCCUCAACAAAUGGUUUGAUCAACUUUAUCAAAUCGAAUUGGUAAACGGCAAUGGUCAAUACCAAAAAAAAAACAAGCAAAUGAAGAGGAAGGACAGAGAAAAAGUCAGGCAGCCACAAAAAUAUUUUACACACAGGAUCCCACACACAAACAUGGCUAGAAAAGUUUGCUCAUCAGAAUUGUUUGCGAAGAAGAAAAAAAAAUUAAUCAGAUAUAUUGUAUUGUUAGCGUUGAAUUGUUGUAUCGAUAGGAUAUAUUUUGACAAUGAAAUUGCUUCACAUCAUCUACUCAGUCACUAUAUUCAAUCCAUUUUUUUGGAGAGAAACUUUUAUGAAGAAAAAAAAACAAUAUAUCUUCAUAAUAAUGUUGUUGAAAUCAAGAAUGGUAAAUUAAUUUUGCUUGUGAUUCAAUUCAGUCAAGUAGUGGAAACUGCACUGUAUGUUUAUUUCCAAAGUUGUAUGUUGUCUUUGUAUUUGACGAAAGGAUAAAUAAAACUUAUCUCUAAACAUGUAGCAAAUGAAUGAAAAAAAAAAAACAAAUUGAAAAACACCA